AUGACAGAUCGAAAAAAUGAACUGGAUGCUACGACAGCGGAAGAGUCGAAUGAAGUGAAGAAUGUAUGCAAUCCUGCGACUAAUGCCAGUACCACUACAAAAUGUGGUGGUAAUGAUGACUGCGCUGCUCUCACUAAAAAUGAUGGCUGUAAUGAUGAUAGCAAUGAUGGGAAAGAUGAUAAUUUUGAUAAGGGUAGUGAUGGAAGUUCUAAGAAUACAGAAGAAUACCAAGAAAAAGAAAAAUCGCUGAUGAAUGAAUAUUUAAAAAGUCUUCGAGUAACCGAUUCAAUAAUGGAACCUAAUGUGGAUGUGGCAAUAAAAGGAUAUUUGCGAAAUGGAGGUCAACCGGAAGUUGUUAUCAGCAGUCUCACUGAGAGUUAUUGUGGUCUUGCACAAGUACCGUAUUAG